UGUUCCAGGGCAGAGAACGCCGGGUGCGGAGCUGGCUGCAGCCCAAACGCAGCCGCGGUCUACCCGGAGCCACGGGAGCCGCGGGUGGACAUUUCUGAGAGACAGAGAGACAGACAGAGAGAGAGAGAACGAGAGAGAGAGAGAGGUGGGCUUGCUGGCCGUGACCUCCAGGACCCCGUCUUUAAGCUGAAGGGAAGCUCAGAUCCAUCCCGAUGCCAAUGGUGAAGAAACACAGGAGGAAGGUCUCUUUAGCCCUUCCGGAACUUUCCAACAAGGCCAAAGAGCAGCUGGCCGAGGCAGAGCUCAGGAAACUGAGGCAGCAGUUUCGUAAGAUGGUGGACAGCAGAAAGUCCCUCAAUUUUCGGAACCAGCGCAUGAUCGCCAACCAAUAUAAGGAAAUUGAGAAUCUGAAAGCCGAGCAGGCAGAGACUACCCUGCUUCUGAGCCUCGUGAAGUCUCCAAAGAACCUCGACCUGAACCAGAAAAACUUCAUGGAGCUGCGUUUCCUACUGCAGACCAAGGGGGACUAUGAGGCUCUUAUCACCUCCAUGAAGGUGCUGCUGGGAGAGCUUGAUGACAAGAUUGUUCAGAUGGAGAGGAAGAUUACCAGCCAGAGACAGAGCUUCCUGAAGACAAAAGAGGCCAAUAACCCUCAGAAGCUGCAGAAACAGAUCCAUGUUCUGGAGACCCGACUGAACCUGGUUACUGUCCACUUUGACAAGAUGCUGACCUCCAACGCCCAACUCCGGAAGGAGAUUGAGGAUCUCCUCUUUGAGAAGGCCGCCUAUGACCACGUUUACCAGCAGCUCCAACGGCGUCUGCAGACACAGAAGAAGACCAUGAAUGUAGCCAUCGAGCAGUCUGCCCAGGCCUAUGAGCAGAGGGUGGAAGCCAUGGCUCGGAUGGCCGCCAUGAAAGACCGGCAGCAGAAGGACAUCUCUCAGUACAACCUGGAGAUCCGUGAGCUGGAACGCCUAUAUGCUCACGAGACCAAACUCAAGUCUUUCCUGCUUAUCAAACUCAACGACCGUAUUGAAUUCGAGGAACAGGCCAAGAAGGGGGAAGUUGUCAAGUCCAAGAAGCAUGGGAAGAAGAGCAAGGGCGAGAGCUUUGAGAGCUAUGAGGUGGCGCACCUGCGGCUGCUGAAGCUGACGGAGAACGGGGACCUGAACCAGCUCAUGCGGGACUUCCUGGCCAAGGAGGAAAAGAACUUUGCGCGCUUCACCUACGUCACCGAGCUCAACAAUGACAUGGAGACCAUGCACAAGAAGACCCAGCGGAUCCAGGAUGACAUCAUCAACCUGCGGUCACAGCAGCAGUCUUCCCACCAGGACACCCGGAACAUUCUGAGACAGAUGGAGGAGAAACUGAAGAAGACCACCGAGGAUGCAGACAUCUUUGAGAACAGAUACAAGGAGAUAAGCCAGACCCUGGAGCAUCUCAAGACCUCGGUGGAGAAGCUGUUUAAGAAGAUUAACUGUGACGCCACGGAGAUCUUGGGGAAGCUGGGCGAGACUGGGAAGAUAACAGACAUUAACUUUCAGCAGUACUUUGCUAUCAUAGAAAAGAAGACCAAUGACCUGCUGAUUCUGGAGUCCUUCCGGCGCCUGCAGGAUGCGGAGGGACCCGAUAUUGAUGUCCCACAGCCCUUUGUCAAUCCCUUCUGGGGUGGCUCUGCCCUCCUCAAGGCCCCAGAGCCUACAAAAGUCGUGCCCCCUGUGUUUGGGGCAGACUCCUUCAGUGACAAACUUGAUGAGGGAAUUCCCUGAAGGCACAUCUCUGCCUGGAGCUCUUAGACUUAGAGCUCUCUCUUAGAGCUCUUGGCACCUCAAGCCCAUCCCAGCGUGGUGGAGUGACACUUCCCUGGGAAGGAAGUGAACUGGGCGUCAAUUCCCGGUUGCUCACAGCGCUCUGUCCUGGGUGCAGUGGACUAUCCCCUGGACCACAGUACCCUCCGGCAGCUGGUCUUG